AUGGUCCAAGUACUAGAGAAAAUACAACCUCUGUGUUCUGACGCUGAAUACGCUCAGCUGCAUGAGACCCUUACUGUCCCGACGCUAGACAAGUACCGGCAGGAGUGGCACGGCCGGGCUGGGGGACGGUACGGACUAUGGCGCAGUUACGUACCCAGGCUCAUGGAGGUGUACGGCAGCGAGGGUUGGACAGAAGAAGACUGUGGGAUGCUCGUCCCUGAGGGCUGCACUGGAGAGGAUACUCUUGACGAUCUCAUUGGCCGAGGCCUCAACCAUAAGUACUCUCCGACCAUCACAGCCACCGGCAGUCCCCGGUCACCAAGUGUUCCUCUAUCACUGGCUAGAGACGUGGACCAAGCUGAGGUUGGACUCGACAGUGUACACACUGAAGACUGUACUGGUCAGGCACCAGGCCAGCCAGUGAACGGUCAGCGUGUUGGUCCACCUCCGAGUCCAGGCCCAAGGGAAGACCGGCCCAUCCUCACCCCUGUGGAGGCUCAGGAGUCACCCGACACGAACUCCAGAAAUCAGAGCGAGGGCAAGCCAGUGGUAUUCCCUAAGGGGGUAAGGAUCGACAUACCAUGGGAGCCCGAGCCGGCUAGAAGGACCGCCGACCACUCGGACGAGAGAGAGUUUCUGUUGGGUCGACGACUGCGUGGCAGUGGGGCUCCUCAGAAAGGCAAACGAAUAUCAGCCGAACGGUCGCGGACUCCAUUGGACCACGUAUGGGAACCCCCACAGGAAGCAGUAGUGGUCAGGCCCAUCAUCGAUCCUCUCCAAGCCUUCAUGGUACACCUCCCAGAGCACCGAUCCCCGAAGCGAAGGCGCGACGCCGUUCAGGCGAGCAGAGAGGUAGAGGGCCUCUGUGGUGAUUCUCGAGGAUACUAUCUGGAUCCAGAUUUGGGUCUACAAGGAGGAGCAUCGGCCUAUGUUAGCAGUGGACCAGUCCAGGAUCGCAUACAAGUCACUCAGAUCUGGCAAUAUGAGGACACGCAGGCCAUACGCUGUGUCGCCUUCAGUCCUUGUGGCCGUUAUCUUGGCAUUGGCACCAACAGUCGGUCGUUGAUAAUAUGUGAUGUGGAAGCCAUAGAGGAUGGGGACACUAUAGAGCUCCUCAGACGGGACAAGUACCACGCUGGCUCGAUAUACUGCAUGUCGUGGUCACCAGAAAGCAGGGUCUUGGUUACUGGUUCCAACGAUCAGAGCUUACAGGUCAUGUCCUUUGAUCAUGAUCCGACACUCGACAAUGCCCGAGAGCGCAGAUGGUAUCCACAAGCAGGGACUAUUCGAACGGUCUGCGCGGCGAGUUCGACAACUUUCCUCAGUGGUUCGAGUAAUGAACACUGUGUUAGAGUGUGGGACGUUGACAGAGAUAGUAGUAAGGCUACGUUGGGUGGUCCGAGAUGGACAGAUGCUAUGCCUGGCAAUGCUCUGUCCCUUAGCUGUGGCCACCAGGAUGAUGGAGUACUUCUUGCCGUUGGCUCAUCUGGUGGAAAUGUCUCUAUCUGGUCCCUAAGAUCAUGCACUCCGGUAUGGACCCCUCCUGGCGAAAUGCAUCAUCGAGAAGCCAAUAGUGUGAAUAUGUCUCCCGACACAAUGUACAUCGGUGCGGGCUUCGAGGACGGCACUGUUGCCAUAUGGGACACGCGCUCUACUGCUCAGCGACCUCUCGUAUACGGACCAUCUGCACACAGUGACAGCUGCCGUGCCGUGGCUUUGAUGACAGACUUCGGCAAUAAGAGACCGAAAAUAGCAAGUGUGGGGUUCGACAACACUCUGACCAUCACCAACGGGACAGGAGCCACGGACUGUACACUGCGUGUGCAGGAUCACAGGAUGAACCAGGACCUGGUCCAGGUUCAUGCAUUGGAUGAUAUCAUCGUGUAG